AUGUUGUACUCACAGGAGCAGGAUUCCUUUGGAGGGACCUUUGACAAGGCUCAGUCUUUUGUGGGCAUGAUUCUGCGACGUGCACAUGUGGGACAAAAUUUCACAGGAAAUAUGCUGGUCUUCCCGGAAGAAACACCUGUAAGUCAUUUCAGAAGCUUCGUUCCCAGCCAGAACCUGGGAGCAGUCACUGUGUGCCUGAGGUAUUUCACAGACCUCACCAGAGAGUUCAGCUUUUUCUCUUCGUCCACACGCACAUUUAGUGAUGAAUUUCUCAUUUACAAGAUGUCAGCGAGAGAUGAAAUAAAUGUGCGCAUAAAAGAUGUGGACACAAUCUUUACGGGGCAGGAUUUUCAGAUAAACAGGUGGCAGUCACUCUGUACUACAUGGGAAGCAGCCUCUGGUGUGGUGCAGCUGUGGAUCGAUGGAAAACCUUCAACUAUAAAAUCUGCCUCUAAGGCCAACAUCAUGGAGUCCAUGAUCAUUGUGAUUGGACAGGACCAGGAUACCAAUGGGUCGGGCUUCGACCAGGCUCAGUCUUUUGUGGGCAUGGUCAGUGACGUGAACAUGUGGAACUAUGUGCUCUCUCCACACCAGAUAGACUGCUAUAGUCGGAAGUGCAACUUUACAGUUGGAAAUUUACUUAACUGGAAGUCCAUGGACUUUCAGAUCGUAGAAAGAGUUUUGAUCCAGAAAGAACAAAAUAAUUGUGAAUAA